AUGGUGGAUCUUGAAAAAGGCCGAGCGAUCCUGGGUCACGCUAAACCUGUGGAUCGUGGAGACCCCUGCAAGCACCUCCAUCUCCAAAACAUGAGGCUACUAUUUUUGAAACAGUUUUUGGAAAAUUCAAGUAUUCAUGGAUUCAAACAUCUAGUUCAGACGAGGGAUUGUCACUGGAUUGAACGAUUAUUUUGGAUUAUCAUUUGUGGUUUGAGUUGGUACGGGUGCGCAGUAAUUAUUGUAAGUUUAUUCGACGAGUUCAUCAAUCGGCCCCUUGCUAUUACCGCUGAAACAUCUUAUCUCAACUGGGUAACUCCAUUUCCAACUUUGGUACUGUGCACUUCGUUUUCGAAAGAAGCGAAUGAGUAUGCAGUCAAAAUAAUCGAUAGUCGUGGGUCAAACGGACGAAGAUUCAGCACAAAAUUGCUUAUGGGAGAGGGUUACGUUGAGGAGCUUGAUGGCGUAUUAACUGCGGAGGAUUUAAUUUCAAUAUACAGCAAAGCAAAGGUGAAUUGUUCAAAUAUAUUUUCGGAAUGCACAUGGAAUGGAAGAUCUUUCAACUGCUGUGACGAAUUUGGUUUGCUCGAAAGUCCUGCAGGAUUCUGCUACAUGCUCAACUCUGUCCACACGAGACUCUCGAAUGAGCAGUCUCGGAUCAAAUUCAUCGUCAAUCGUGUAUCAAGACAAGCCUAUCUCUCUGUUAAUUUUACAGACCAGUUUAGCAAUUGGUUCCGCAAACCAGAAUUGAAAGUUUACUUUUUAAACAAUUACGACAUACCCACUCUCACGUCUGGUGACAACAAGAUAGUGAAAAAAGACGGUAUGAUAACUGGAAUUGAUUUUACUAUUGAGGAUAUAGUUAAUGAUGAAGGUGUGAAGAGUUUAUCGCCCGAUAAACGCGAAUGUCGGUUUUCGGAUGAAAAUGACCACAAUUCUAUAUACAAACAUUACAGUUAUGAGGGCUGUAUAAUUGAUUUGACUAUUAAGCAUAUGCUAGGAAAGUGUGGAUGUGUAAGUUUUCGGUAUCCCCGCAAAGCACAUAUGAGGGUCUGUAACAUGACAGAAAUGGGCUGUAUCCUGAAUUUAAAAGAAAAAUCAGGAUUGGCCGAACGCGAGUGUUUGCCUGACUGCGAUGGCUCCUUCAUCCAUGCGUACGCAUGGAAAAGUCCGCAGCGGGAUUCGAAAGUGGGAGGUUUACGCAUAAAGCUACUCUCAACGCCUUUUGUGCGCUUCCGUCGAUACAUUGUCCACAGUACAUUGGACUUAAUAGGUAUCUAUAAUUCUAUAUUGUAA